AUGCAUCAAGAAUUCUUCCUGGGCCAGGCUGGCAGCGAGUAUCAUCGCUUGAAGAUUGAUACCUCUGUGUAUGCAACUGUGCAGCAGCUGAGGUCUGCUCUUGGACGGUCUUUUUCGUUUGCGGAUCCGGACGCUGCUCGCAUCUACAGCAGCGAACAUGGCGAGCUCACAUCGCUGGAGAAGAUCCAAUCUCACAUCAGCCCGCUCGAGCUGCGUGUCAACGCCGAUGGCCCAGUCAUCACGCCAGCAGGGCCGCGACCCCUGCCCGUGGUGGGCAACCACUACGAAGUCUACCCAGACGCCUUAGGGAACUACGACCGGCUCUUCGCGCGGUACGGACGCAUGUUCAAGACCGUCAACAUGGGCACGACCAUCUACCACACCAACGACCCGGAGAUUGCGCGCUUCGUCCUUCGCGAGGGCGACUUCUUCACCAAGACAACAUCGGACCCCGCCCAUCCGCUCUUCUACAUGCAAGAGCAGACGGCCCUGUUCACCUGCGAUAGCGCCUCCCCAGCCUACCCGCUCGCCCACAAAUUCGUGCCGCCCGCCCUCUCGCCGCGCGCCGUCGCCCACCACACGCCGCUCGUGCAACAGGCCGCGCGGUCUAUAUUCCCGGUGCUCGACGAGCUCGACCGCGCCGACCGCGCCUUCAAUGUCUACCAAUACAUGUUCAAAAUGGGCGGCCAAGUCAUCUGGCGCGUCGUCGUCGGCCAAGACGUCGCCCACUUCGCCGCCGUCGACUCGCCGCCCACGCCCGCCAUCCGCCUCUUCGGCGAGUACCUCGGCCUCAUGAAGAAGAUGUCAUUGCGGCCCUCCUGGUUCGGCGCGCUGCCCUUCGGCUCGCCCGCGCGCCUCCGCGCCGUGCGCAACGAGCUCUUCGCCACCGUCGAGCGCGCCAUGGACGCCGCCGUCACGCCCGGCGCCGACACCCUCCCGCUGCGCGACCCGCUCUCGCAGCAGCGCGCCGCCUGCGUCGCCGACUUCCUCGCCCGCGCCCGCGACGACGCCGGCGCCGCCCUCCCCCGCGACGUCCUCCUCGGCAACGUCACCGUCCUGCUCGGCGCCGGCUUCGUCACCAGCGCCUCCCUGCUCUCCUGGUCCCUGUACGCCCUCGUCACCUACCCGGGCAACCAGGAGCGCCUCCUGCAGGAGAUCGUCGACCACGGCCUGGACGCCGACGCCGACGCCGACGCCAACGCCAACGCCGCCCGCCCCUGGUCGUACGAGCAGGUGCACCGCCUCCGCUUCCUCGACGCCUUCGUCAAGGAGACGCAGCGCCUGCACAGCCCGAGCUUCCAGACGGCCCGCAACGCCAAGACCGACGUCGUGCUGCCCGGCGGCUACCUCGUGCCCAAGGGCGGCGUCGUCAUCGCGUGUUUCCCGAGCAUGCACAAGAACCCGCGCUUCUGGGACAACCCCGCCCGCUUCGAUCCCGACAGGUGGAUGGGCGACGGCGUCGCGGCCGAGGCGGCGAGGAAGGGGCUGUACACCCCGUUUGCGGCGGGGGCGCGCGGCUGCGUGGGCUUUAAUUUGGCGUUGUUGGAGGUGAAGAUGGUGCUGGUCGAGUUGGUGUAUCGCUAUCAUUUUGAAGACGCGUCGCCCGAGCCCGUCGUGUAUGAUCCCGAGUUUCUUGUUACGAGGCCGCUGAACUUUUAUGCGAGUCCAGUCAGGAGGACCAAGUGGCCGGCGAAGUCGGCGGUGGAGGAGCGGGUAGGUGAGAAGUGA